AUGGCCAUUCUCAAGGAUGUGCUCUUCAAGCUGGAUCGGUACGCUGCGCGUGAGCUGCCCGAACUUGUUUCUGUAUUGCAUCAGAUGACUUGGAAUGACAAGCAGUUGUUCAAGAUCGUGGAGCCCCGCUUGAUACAUGAGCUUCCUUCAGUGAGCCUGGUUCCACAUUGGGAUAUUGUGAAAAACUCUAGGUUCAUGUGA